UUUAUACCUUCAUGAUGACGUAAUCAAGUACGAAACGUGUAUGACGUAAUGAAUAGUGUAUCAACAUGAACAACAAUUAAACCGAGAAAUGGCGGCUGAGAUGAGACCAGAGGAAGGACGCAGAAGGGCUAUACUACCUUACAAGACACUAGCGGGUGUAUCUGGGCUGCUCGGGGCCGGUCUUCUAGCAUGUGGUAUUAAAGCAGUGCUGAGCAACAAGGAAUCUCACCACUCCGAGAUGCCAUAUUUUCUUGGAGGAUUCGUUGUCGGAACAUUAGUGUUAAUUACAGCUGCGGUUUGUGGAGUAAUAUCCCUGAAGGCACCAGACGCGAACAGUGAAAUGACUAAAAAGAAAGUAGGAACUAUGAUGCAAGUACAGAAUCUGUUGGCUGUGUUUACCAUAUUUGGCUGCAUUCCUAGCUGUGCUUUCGCCGGGAUGGCGGCUUUCUCUUCCACUGGAUUCUUCAAAGGCGAAAAUGGCGAUGUCAAAACUCUUGCAACAAUUAUUUUAGCCGGAUGCAUUGCAGCAUUCUUUUUGGCAUUUGUCUCUGGUCAUAUUAUAACUAAAUAUAGCUCUUACUUCGGUCUUAUAAUAAAGCAUGACAUCCGCGGAAAUAGAGUAUUUAUAAAUACCGGUGGAACGGCUGUGAUGCCAUUGACAACCGAUUAUUCUUUGUUCCAAGCGGGUCCACACAUGACCGGAGAUCAGUUGCACCAGUUACAGACACAGAACAACCUGCAUCAACAUUAUUUAAUGCAGCAGCAGCAACAACAACAACAGCAACAACCGCUUCGAUAUUCAACUGGUUUAUAUCAGCCGCAACCGCCACCACCGCCGCCACCCCAACAGACGCAGUAUUCGCGGAGUUUGUACCACCAACCUCCGCCGCCGCCGGCGCAAAGAAAUCAAUAUUCAGGUGGUUUUCAUCGCCCGGCAUACUAAUAUAAUACUCCAAGACCCUACCCGCCUCGUUAUGUCGUCAAGUAAAAGAAAAACGAAAUAGCAAAUGUGUUACUCUACAAUAUUAAUAUUAAAUGCGAGUUAUUUGGUGCUGUCACACAAAACAGUGCGCCAUAUAACCUUAUAUAACCAUACAUGUCACAGGGGUGCAGUAUGAAAAAAAAAAAACUGAAUUGAGCGUAACAAUGUAUUCAUGCGCCAUACUUGAGAACAUUCUAGAAAUAGAGCAUAAAUCACUAUCAAUAUACUGAACUCGCUACGUACGUAGUUUUUCUUGUUUUGAUGAUUUCUGUAUGAUUUUAUAUCCACCGUAAAUAUGGCAUGUUGUUUUCAACCGUUAUAACGGACUGUUGUACAUUUUAUGUAUUUGUUAACAGAACCAUGGGCGUUAAUUAUUGGUGCAUUGUGGAAUAUUUAGAGCGAUUGAAGAAAUAUUCCGCACAUGAAUAAGAUAACUAGCAUCCUUUGUAAACCUUUUAUUUGACUAACACGGCAGAAUUAUUAAUUGUGUUUAAGUUUGAUUUAUGUUGUUGUGUUAUUAUAUAUUUUACUGACAUCUUGGGCCCUAUAACAACCAUAAGGUUGUUACUUGAAAUGUAUUCCACAGAAUGAAGGAAAAAAAUAAAUAAAUUAUUCAUAUUUCGGAUAU